UGUCUUUUUACGUCGCAUCUACUUCCAUUCUAGCUGGUCCUUUCUGUUCGCGACCGGACGAGACGUGAAAGCGCAGUCGGGUUAGUUCACGUCUCAUGCGUGAAAAAUUAUAGGAAGGAUCUAUCAAGAUGUCGUUAUCAACGGCACGACCGAUUAUUACGGUAUAUACCGACAAGAAUGAAGCAUCAGGUGAUGUAAUUUCUCUACCAUCUGUUUUCAAAGCUCCGAUUCGCCCAGACAUUGUCAAUGUCGUUCACCAAUUAAUUUCUACUAAUAGUAGGCAACCAUACUGUGUCUCUAAAGAGGCUGGCCAUCAAACCUCUGCUGAAUCAUGGGGCACUGGACGAGCUGUGGCACGUAUACCUCGUGUACGUGGUGGUGGAACUCAUCGUUCUGGUCAGGGUGCAUUUGGUAACAUGUGCCGAGGUGGACGCAUGUUUGCCCCUACCAAGCCAUGGCGACGCUGGCAUCAUCGCGUCAACGUUAAUCAAAAACGUUAUGCCCUCGUUUCUGCUAUUGCUGCAUCUGGUGUUCCUGCACUUGUGCAAUCUAAAGGACACUUGAUUGAGGAAGUCCCAGAAUUUCCAUUGGUUGUUUCUGAUAAAAUUCAAGAAUACACGAAAACUAAGCAGGCUGUCAUCUUUUUAAGACGUAUCAAAGCUUGGAAUGAUAUCCAAAAGGUCUAUAAGUCUCAACGUUUCCGUGCUGGCAAAGGUAAAAUGCGCAAUCGCCGACGCAUUCAUCGACGUGGACCUUUGAUUGUUUACAAUCAAGAUCAGGGCAUCCGUAAAGCAUUCCGCAAUAUUCCCGGCAUCAGUCUGAUGAAUAUCAAUAAGAUGAAUCUUUUAAAAUUGGCACCGGGUGGUCAUGUUGGACGUUUUGUUAUUUGGACAAAAUCUGCUUUUGGACUAUUAGAUUCUCUUUAUGGAACCUGGCGUAAAGAGUCGCAACUCAAAAAAGGAUAUAAUUUGCCAUUCCCCAAAAUGGCUAAUACCGAUCUAUCUAGACUUUUGAAGUCUGAGGAAAUUCGGAAAGUCCUGAGGGCUCCUAGAAAGAAGGUGGUACGCAGAGUGAAGAAAUUGAACCCGUUGACCAACACACGGGCUAUGUUACGACUUAAUCCGUAUGCAGCCGUUUUAAAACGUGCUGCUAUUUUGACCGCGCAGAAACGUCAACACGAGAGGGAUGUUCUUCUCGCUGAAAAACGAGGUAUAAAAUUACCGAAGGAUGCACCGGCAUUGAAGGCUAUUGUUCUUCAGAAGAGGAGGAAACAACAACUUGCUAAGAUCAAGCAGGUGAAACCUCGAGUGAAGAAAAUAGAAAAAGAUACUAUGGCAAAAAAAGUGGAGGAAGAUACUACGGCAAAGAAAAUAGAGAAAGAUACCACAAAAACCAAGAAACUAGCUGCUCCCAAGAAGCCAGCUAAGAAGUAAACAACAAUCAUUGAUAUGGUUGUUAUUAAUACAUAAUUUUUAUUUCUGUCUCUGAAUAAAAGAAAAGGCGGAAAAAAUGC